UUAGCGCCAUAGCUCACACAAAAAAGAAAAGAACAAUCACUAGAGUUGCUGCAAUCCUUCAAGAGUAAAGAUGUGGGGAAACGCAGAAGGAGAAGCUCCUGAAGUUACUGUGGAAACAUCCAUGGGUUCUUUUACAAUUGAGCUUUACUAUAAGCAUGCACCAAGAACUUGCAGAAACUUCUUGGAGCUAUCUAGAAGGGGUUACUAUGACAACGUUAAACUUCAUCGAAUUAUUAAGGAUUUUAUUGUACAAGGAGGAGAUCCUACUGGGACUGGCAGAGGAGGAGAAUCAAUAUAUGGUUCAAAGUUUGAAGAUGAGAUAACAACACAGUUGAAGCAUACUGGAGCUGGUAUUCUAUCCAUGGCAAAUGCUGGUCCGAAUACGAAUGGAAGUCAGUUCUUCAUUACCCUGGCACCCACUCCAUCACUGGAUGGUAAACAUACAAUUUUCGGGAGAAUUUGUAAAGGGAUGGAAAUCGUCAAAAGACUUGGCAGUGUUCAAACUAAUAAUAAUGACAGACCCAUUCAUGAUGUCAAGAUACUGAGGACCUCAGUUAAAGAUUGAUGCUCUAAAGGUGUGAAUUGCUGACUUGCUGGAUGGAAGCUCACAACAUCUUUGGCAACAUGGAGUUUUUUCCCAGACCCUUCUGUUGUUUCUCUAAAUAGUUGCAGUGGCUUUCGAACACCAUUUUUCUUAGUUAGAAGUGGCUAUUAUAUACUUUCUUGUAAAACUGCACACCUGUAUUGACCUUUGAGUUUAUAUUCUCCAACAUACCAUAAUGCUAGAUUUGAUUGCUACACUUAGUACACUACCUUUAUAUCUUGGAUUAUAAUUGCU